GCAUGCGCGACCCGGUCGGGAAUUCGAAACCCGCGAAAACGACAGAAGAUGGCGGAAAACCGCGGCAACAUCGCGCCGCCUCGUACGGCAAACGGCGACCAUUCCGACCCUACUGAGGACGGACCACUCGAGAAACGAUUACGGUAUCAUGGCAACAAAGUCACCGUGGUUCUGGGCGCACAGUGGGGGGACGAAGGCAAGGGGAAGGUCGUGGACAUGCUGGGGACGGACGCCGAUGUUGUCUGUAGAUGUCAGGGUGGUAACAAUGCUGGCCAUACUGUAGUUGUGGAGGGAACUGAGUAUGACUUCCACCUGCUACCCAGUGGAAUCAUCAACGAUAAAGCUAUUUCAGUUAUAGGAAAUGGGGUGGUAAUUCAUCUUCCAGGACUGUUUGAAGAGGCUGGGAAAAAUGAGGCCAAAGGACUGAUAGACUGGCAGGACCGUCUCAUCAUCUCUGACAGGGCUCACCUUGUUUUUGACUUCCACCAAGCUGUGGAUGGACUUCAAGAGCUGGAGAAAGGAGGGAAAAGCCUUGGCACUACCAAGAAAGGCAUUGGUCCAACAUACUCUUCCAAGGCAGCACGCAGUGGUCUCAGGGUCUGUGACUUGCUUGCUGACUUCAAGGUCUUCUCAGACAGGUUCAAGAUGCUUGUGACGCAGUACGAGCGCAUGUUUCCAAACCUUAAAGUGGACGUUGAUAAGGAGCUGAAGCGUUAUGAGGACCUGAAAGAAAGGGUCAGGCCCAUGGUGAAGGAUGUGGUGCACUUCCUGAACACACAGCUAGAGGGCCCACAAAAGAAACUUCUUGUGGAAGGAGCCAAUGCAACCAUGCUGGACAUUGACUUUGGAACAUAUCCUUACGUGACAUCAUCCAACUGCACGGUGGGCGGAGUGCUGACAGGACUGGGCAUCCCUCCCAGAUGUAUUGGAGAAGUGUAUGGUGUGGCCAAGGCUUAUACCACCAGGGUAGGAGAUGGUGCCUUCCCAACGGAGCUGAACAAUGAGCUAGGAGAGCUGCUACAAGAACGAGGCCAUGAGUUUGGCGUGACCACCAAGAGGAAAAGAAGGUGUGGCUGGCUGGACCUGGUGCUGUUGAAAUAUGCUGACAUGAUAAAUGGCUUCACAGCUAUUGCGCUAACCAAGCUGGACAUUCUGGAUGUCUUUGAUGAACUCAAGAUUGGUGUUGCCUACAAACUGGAUGGCAAAAAGCUUCCCAACUUCCCAGCUAACCAGGAGAUGCUGAAGCAGGUGGAGGUGGAGUACUGCACCAUGCCGGGGUGGAAGACAAACACUGAGAACCUGCGCAGCUUCCAUGACCUGCCUGAGAACGCACAGAAGUAUGUCAGGAAGAUUGAAGAGGUUCUAGGAGUUCCAGUGAGAUGGAUUGGUGUUGGCGCUGCCAGGGACUCCAUCAUCAAGAUGUUUUAGUAGGAUUUGGGCCAUGUCACGCUGCCUCUGCACCACAAGAACUUUACAUGACUCAUGCUGCUCCUCAGGAACUCUGGGAUAGUUUGUGGUAUAGCAUAAAUUGCAGUAGUCCAAUGAAGAAGGAUGGUGUUUUAGCCAAAUGUAAGCAAUUGCUGACAAGAUGUAAACCUGAUAAUUCAAAUUUAACCAUGCCAUAGAGUCACUUAACUACAUGCAGAAUCACUUCGGCACAGUCUUAUGCCAGUAUGAUAUCAAUGGUAUACGUCUUCAACUGUAAGGCAAUGUAAGUCAAUGAGAGUGUAAUGCACUGUGAUAAAAAAUGUAGUUAGUGUAACAUAGAAAUAUUGAAAACAGUAGUUGUCAUCUGUAGUCCUUCCAUUUGAUAUGCUUUUAUAGAUUGAAAUGGAAUCAGAAAUAGAACACUGUACUUUCCUCUACACUUAAGGAUUAAGGUUGAACUUGUGUACAUGUAGGUCCCACACAUGGAAACAGACACAUGGUGUUGUGAUGCUUCUAUUGUAUCAGCCCUGCAAGUAUAAGUGUGCUGUGAAUUUGUUUAAUACUUUACUUGUCUUCCUUAUACACAAGUGGUGGUUAAGUGGCCAGGGAAAUGAAAUUGCCCUCAUGGUAAAAAUGAAGGCUGGUCUUACUGCAGAGUACUGUAUUUCAAUGCAGAAAUGGUGAACAGUGUAUAAAUCUCCUGCAUAGGAUAAUGCCAGAAAGGUAUCUAUGGAAACACUAGUACAGGAUUACGCUUUCCUCUCACUGAAUAGCCCAAAUUAGUUAUUUCAAGAGGGAAACAGGUGGCUUGUGUGUUUUCUUCAGAAUUCUCCUUCAAGAAAAGUUUUUUGGAAGUUUGAUUGGUGGGUCAUAUUGCUACUUGGUACAUCCGUAAUGAAAAAUUCAAAUCUAUUACUAAAAUAAACAGGUAGUUAUUGCAUUAUAUUUGAUGCCUUCUGGUAGCUGCUUUGGUCUACCUCAAGAGUUUGUGGUGUUUGGAAUGUUGGAAAGAAGUAUUGUUUUAACUUGUGCCAUAUUGUAUUGCUGUUCUCACUGCUGUGUUUGAAGGCAACUCCUGUGCAGAAAAACAAUCAAAAAUAGGCAAAGCAAAAGCCUAAUAUUUUGAACAGAUUGUUUGAAGUAAGUUCCUCAGCUUUUCUGGACAGAGAAAAUUUAGGACAAAGACUAAGCAGCUUCCCUAUAUCCUUGCUGAUAACAUGCAAAAGUGAUACAGAUACCCUUAGUAACCAUAUAGCAUGUAGAUGUUUAAGAUCUCUACCUGCAAGUUAUACAGCUCAUUUGGUGUUGCUGGAUUUUGAUACUUUCUUGCCAUUGGCACAAAGAGUGUUGUUCUUUUAAGUACAAUUUUGUGUCUUCUGUUCAAAUGCAGCUAUUUGUCUACAUGAUGACAACACCUUCCAGGUAUGAUAGGUUUCUGUUAACAACUGCUGUGGGAAGGGAUGUAUUGUCCUCAGCACUAAAAAAUAUGGCAGGAGUAAUAUUUAAGUUUUGUGUGUUGUGGAAGUUUAGCAGAACUUAUUCCUGUUGUGCACCUGUCAAUGUAAAUAAACACAGAUGGGAAGGAUAGAAUUGAUAUUCCACACAAGGGAAGCAAAUUAAGCCAAAGUGUUAAGAACAAGAACAUUGCAAAUUGAGUUCCAUACAAACAUCAACCUUUCUACAAUCCCAAAGGUUAUGAUUUCACCUCGUGUUACACACUUUAUAAUCGGUCAGUGCAAAUUUUAGUUUAUGUCCUUAUGGGUGGUUGUACACUGAUAGGUGCAUCAGUUGGGUAGUAAACAAUAGUUUAUACCAGAUGUAAACUAAUGAUGAGGAUGAUGUGUAAAAUGUAAGGUGGUGUUGGUUUUACAAUAGGUUAAAAUAUGUAUCUUUUAUCACAAGAAUUACUAUGGCAAAGCAUGAAAUAAAUUUUGAUUUGAAAAUGUCA